AUGCCUGGAACAAGAACCAAGAACAAGAUGGGCGGUUUGGGAAAGACCCUUCUCAAAUCAAGAAACAAGAAGAAGGAAAAAGUAUUAUCGGAUCGUCAUCAGGAAACACUUGCAGCAUCGAUACAACAAGAUCAUGAUGAAAAAGUGGGUUCCGAUGAAUUACCUAUUGAAGAAGAAAUUUUAAAAGAAGACACAGUCAUGCACAAUAUGAUUAAUAGAGGAAGAGGAAAAUUAGAAAGUAUAAUUCAAACCAAUGAUUUACAAGAUUUAAUGCUAAAUGCCAAGAUGAGUUUGAAAAGGUAUGAAAAGGAGAGUGCAACAUUUUUGAUAAAGGACGGAGAUGGCGCUCCGAAAGAGUACAAAGUUGUGGAAGCACAAAAAAACUCUGACGAUGAGGAUGAGGAUGACAUUGUCGACGAGGAAGCAUAUGCAGAAGGUACUCUCAUUCUCAAAGAAAAGACUCAGGAAGAAAUCCUCGAUCGUGUACGAGAAAUGCAAGAGCUCAAUGUUCAACUUCCAAUUCCUCGCAGACCUAGGGAAGCCUAUGAAUUAUUCAAGAAAAAUUCUGACGAUGAAGAUGAGGGCGAAGAAACAAAGAAAAAAAAGAAAAAGAAGAAAUCGAACAAUGCUAGCAAAUUACAAGCAAAAAAACAGCUCAUUCAAAUUGAAACAGAUUCAUUCUUGAGAUGGAGAAGAAGCUUGGCUGAAAUCGAGGAAAGUUACGACGCCACGUUAACACCCUACGAAAAAAAUAUUGAAGUUUGGAGACAGUUGUGGCGUGUGGUUGAGAGAAGUGACAUUGUUGUUCAAAUAGUGGACUGUCGUAAUCCCUUGCAAUUCCAAUGUGAAGAUUUGGAAAAGUACGUCAAAGAAGUUGAUCCAAAGAAGGAAAACUUUUUGUUAUUGAAUAAGGCUGACUUGUUAACGAAAAAGCAACGCUUCAAAUGGGCAUGCUAUUUUAAAAAGAAGAAGAUUAAUUUUCUCUUCUUCUCUGCCAAGAAUGAAAUUACAAAAAUUGCCAAUCGUCAAAUCACACGAGAGGAGCUUCUCAAGGAGCAACAAGAAGAAUUGGAUCAAUACGAUGUGACCAAUUAUGUUUCUCCACAAGAGAGUGACUGGACCUAUAUCUUUUCACGAUCUGAACUACUAUUUUUCUUUAAGAGUCUCAUGAAGAAUUUUAAUCCAGAGCAAAAGAAGAGUGAUACGGGACGUGUUGUGGUGGGUAUGGUGGGUUACCCUAACGUUGGUAAAAGUUCUCUCGUGAACGUGUUGUGUGGAAAAAAAAAGGUUGCAGUAGGAUCGACUCCUGGCAAAACCAAGCACUUCCAAACUCUACCCAUAGGAGACAGUGUCAUGCUUGCUGAUUGUCCUGGUCUCGUGUUCCCAUCCAUUCAAACGACGAAGGAAGAAAUGAUUGUCGAUGGUAUCUUGUCUAUUGACCAUCAAAUGAGAGAUUAUAGACCACCUAUGGAAUUGGUGUGUGGACGUAUUCCACGACGAACUUUCGAAUUGACCUAUGGUUUAACUUUCCCCAAGAUACCAGGCAAGGCCCGAAUGACCUUUGUGACCCCAGAAAAUUUAUUGAGAACGUUUUGCAAAGCCAAAGGUCUCAUGUCACAGAAUGGUGUGCCAAAUUAUCCAAUGGCUGCUCGUAGAAUCUUGAAGGACUAUGUGGAUGGUAAAAUUCUAUUCUGUCAUGCACCUCCUGAAAAUGUUCAAGUGACUGACUUGGAGGAAGGAGAUCAAUUGGUGUCCAAUAACAUGAUACACACAGAUAAUGACCAUGAAGUCAUUGUCAUUAAUCAUGACGAAGAGUUGGCCGAUGACGACGAAUACUUUACAGAAAGUGAGGAUGGCGACGAUCAAGAAGAUAACCGGCUCGAUCGAGAAGGCGAUGAGGAUGUCCUAUACAAUUCAGAUGGAGAAAUUAUUGAGAAUGAGGACGCUGACGACGAGGAUGCUCAAAGCGACUCUGCCAGUGAUGACAUGGAAUGGGAAGGAGAAAUUGAUGAUUUCAACCUUGUCAAUGUUCACACAGAAGCUCUGGAAAGAAAGAAGGAAAAGAUUAUUCAAUACAAGGGUUAUGAUCCAUUUGAAUUGGAUGAACAAACCAUCAUGGUUGAGCAGAAACCAGAAGGCAAUUCUCAAACAGGACCCAUGAAAACUCAGGAUCUUUUCGACAGCUUGACUGAAAAACAAAAAAGAAGAAAAUUCACUCACCUUAAAAAGUUCAUGUAA